GAUAGGUACACGUAAGUAACGUAACGCUGACGGAGACGAACGCUCAAUUCCAUAGGAGGUUGUCUCACUAUGCUAGGAGAUUUUUAGGCCAACAGCAGGUUAUCGAGGACGAGAGGAUUGGAUUAAAGCUUGUUGAAGAUGCGAAUUAAGGAACGAUUGUCAUGCGCGGUUGGAAAUGUAUUCAACGACCUCUUCCGGCAGCUCGGACAAUCAUAUGAACUCUUUUUCUUCAUGAAAAUUGUUGAACUUUCCCCUUCAGAGGCAGCACUGAUUAUUCUUAUUGGACAAAUUGCAGACGCGUCAUUCUCACCCAUUGCUGGAUACCUUGGUGAUAGUGCAAACGUACCUUUUCUUUCUAAGAAAAUUGGCAGGCGAAAAUCUUGGCACUGUUUGGCAACAGUAUCCAUGGCCAUCGGACUUCCCUUUUUCUUCAACCGCUGCUUGUUAUGCAGUGUCAGCAAUCAAAACUGGCUUCGACUAUUCUAUUUCUGUUUCAUUUCAGCAUUGAUAAACAUCUGUUUCAACGUAGUGGAGAUUAAUCAUUUGGCAUUUAUCACGACUGUAGCUGCUUCUGUGGAGGAAUGCACAGUUCUUAGUGCGAUGAGGACUGUGUUCAGCUUCCUAAGUGGUGUCUUUAUUUAUGCAACCGCCUGGGGUCUUCUCGGUCUUGAUAGUGGCGAUGCUUCGGGACCUAACAGCCCUUCAUAUCUUACGGAUUUUGCUUAUUUGCAGUACCUCUCAUGGAUAGCGACUGGAACAGGAGUCUUCUUUGCAAUCAUCUUUCUCAUUGGUGAAGAUCAUGUUGCAAUGAGUGACGAAGAUGGCAAGAAUGAUGAAAACAGAUACCAUGCUACAAAAGAACCUCAAAGACGUGUACGCACAAAUAGCACAUAUUCAAGUAUUAUGAACGCUGCUGGAAUGAUAUUGACACCGUUUGAAAGUAAAAAUACAGACUCUUCUAGGGACGGUCUCGCCCAUAGAUUUGUGGGUAUGACUAUGGCUUCGUCUCAAUUUGAAACCUACCACUAUGACCUCAACGGAAGUGAAGAUAUCCGAUGCCAUGAGCAGCGUGAAAGAAAGAAAAAGUUUUUGCAGAAGUUUGUUCCUGCUAUAUUGAAUGACGAAGGAAAUGAUUCGGGACACAGUCAAUCAAAAGUUGACGCUGAAGGCGCAGAUAACAAUCAAGAAAGUGAGAACACGAAAAAACGGAUAUGUUCAGAGGCAGAGCAUUUAGAUCGUGAGCGCAAGAAAAGUCUCCUGUUGUGGGUUUAUGACGGAAUCUUAUCUAGAAUGCAACACCCAGAGGAAAGGCAAACAACAUGUACUGGCAGCAUUGGACAUCAAGCAGCAGAGGGCAAUAAAUAUGACGGGUAUAUAACUGGAGCAAAGUACUGUAGAAAAGAAGAGGUGGGAACCAUUCCUGAAGAAAAACACAGGAAAACCUCCCACAGCAUGGAUUCGAGCAAAAAAGGGAAGAAGAUAGGAAAUGAUGAUGAGAAAGUAAUCAAUGACAUCUUUGAAACGUCAAUUUCGUUCGACCACGGGCAAAGUGAAUAUGGCCACCCUACUAUUCCGGAUGAAGAUGAUCGUGGGCUGCCUAACUUUGGAUCUACCUAUGAUACUAGUGAAGAUGAGGUGAAAGGAAACUUUUCCAAUACUUCAAUUAGGAAGCCGAAAAAGGCCGUGACUUUCAGUGCGCCUCUAUUACUAGAAAUUCCGUCAAUACGCGAGGAUCAGACAGAGGAAUUGGAUUUUUAUGACAUUGCUGGAGAAGCAACGCUCCUGAAUGAAAGUGCUCGUAAUUAUCUGAGACAGAGUUGCAAAAACAACGAUACUAUAGUAUCCUACGAGAGAAGCAAAAAUUACUCAUCUUCAGAAGCCAAUCCUGAUCUACAUGGUCCUCAUGUUUCAUCAGAAAAUUUUCGGUCUGAGCGGAAACAUCCGAAAAGAAUCAAAGAUUGGCUGAGAGAUCCGAACUUGUAUAAGGUAGCUAUUAUUUUUACAUGUACACGCCUUGCACAAGACACUGUGUACAGCUAUUUACCGCUAUUCCUCUCAGAAAGGCUAAAAUCUGCAAAGGAAGCUAUCGCCUAUAUCCCACUUAUUCUCCUUGUCAGUGGCUCCUUGUCAAGUUUGAUAUGUAACAGACUUUGUAGGAAGAUCGGAAGUAAGUGGAGCUUUUUACUGGCGGCUUUCCUUGUAAUGGGUGGUGCCGUUUGGAGCUAUUUUCUGACCGUCUCCCCCAAUCAGUCAACCUAUGCGCCAGUAGUAAUGAUAGGAAGCGGUCUGUCAGUUAUGUACGUCAUGGCACUUGUCUUCAUCACAGAACUGAUUGGAGAAAAUAAGGAAACCAGUGGAUCAGUGUUUGCCAUUGUAACUGUGAUCGCUAGAAUUUCAAGCGGUGGACUUAUCAUUUGUAUACAGGAAUUUUACCCAGAAGAAAGCUCAAAUAUGGCGGUUGGCAACUACGUGCAAUAUGUGUUUGCGAUGACGCCUGGGACGUUAACUUUGGUCGGAUCCAUGUUGGUUUUGCUUUUUCAACCAUCAGAAGUUUCCUUCAAAAAUAAAGGCUCACAGAGUAUCGAGGAUCAAGCUGACCAAUCAUCGUGUGACGGCCAAGUUCCUCAGUGUACGUGUGAAAUUGAGACAACGCCAAAUGUCUGCUUGGAUGAAAAUCAAAAUUCUUCCAGCGCUUCGGUGCUUUCUUUUUCUGAAGACACAAAACUUUAA